UACAUACCUAGUCGUAUAUAAACGCAUGUUACAUGUAUCGUAAUAAAAUCAAAACCGGCAAAAUUUGGAGGAAAAGUGGCACAUUGGGUUACAGCCUACAGCGCGCAUUGCUGUAGAUUUUGCCCACUUUUAUUAGGGGUCAUUCCCGAAACCGGCAGCUAAGCAAAUUUCGAUGAUGAUUAUGUUUGUAAACCGUUUAAGUAAACAGUAUUUCUAAUGAAGAUGGCCGUAGAACUGGAAGUGGAGCACGAGAUAUUUGGCAGUGGACUGGAGUAUCACUAUGAUGCCACCAAUUACAUCGCCCGAGGAACUUUCGGUCUUGUUUACAAAGCAACCAUUACCGAGCGUCACGAUUAUAUUGGUGAGGCCAUUGUGGCGGUCAAAGUGAUCCAGCUCCGAAGUGAUUCCGCAGUUUUUGAAAACAGAGACAAAUGGAUGAGAUGGCGAACCCGACUACAAAGCCUCCUUAGUUUGGGACAUGAGUAUCUUGUGCCAUACCACCAAAUUAGCAUCAUUCAGGAGCCUAGAAGGAUGCCAGUCGUGACAAUCGUGAUGGAUUAUUAUUGCGGUGGGGAUCUUGCAUCGCUCAUUAGACAACUAAACCGCGACGCCACGCCCCUGGAUUACCUUACUGCCAUUGGCUACGCAUUGGAGAUCGCCGACGGGCUGAGCUAUCUCCACCGAAGAGGCAUCAUCCAUGGGGAUAUGAAACCUGGGAAUAUUCUAAUCAAAAACCUCAGAAACGGCCAAAAGAAGGUAUCCAUAGCAGACUUGGACGAUCUCGUUCAAAUGCAAGACAGCGUAACUUGUUCCGGGGAUAUUUCUCACCUGCGUGGCACCGUUCGCUACAUGUCACCCGAAAUGUUAAGAAAGUUUGCUGCUGCCUCGGAUGUACAAGAAAACACUCCCGGACGCAAAACCGAUGUCUGGAGUCUGGGUUGUAUUAUGCUGGAAUUAGGUGACUGUGUGUUCCCUGCCGCAAGCAGAAAGAAACAACUAUAUCGGGAAAAUAGUAACAGCACCAUUAAAGAAACCGUGGAAGCGGGGCAUGAAAUAGCUGAUACCCGCUUUAUGCAUCUGGUUAUCGAAGGCUAUAUCCCACUUGUUGCGGAAUCGAUUCCUCCGGACUUCGCGCAGUGCAUCCGACGCUGCUUAUGCAGAAAUACCGGGAUCCGAAUAUCCUCGAUUCAGCUUCUACAGGAGCUAUGCAGCGUUGAACGUCGACUUUUAUCCGAAGCCGAACACGAGCGGCACGCCACCGGCGUAUUCCACUUCAACCGCGAUCUGAAUCAGUCCAAUCAGUUUGACGCCGUUCUAAUUCGUUUUGAUCCGAAAACAUUCACUGUAAAAUCAUCGCCUUUACCGGAGAAUGUUCGAGGGAAAAGGUUGUUGUGUGCUUUUCCGGGUCCGGAAAAGACUGUUGUUCUGCAGGUAAAAGAGAAGGCUGACACGGUGCGCCAAACGUCUUUGUAUUUAUGGGAUCCGGGCAAAAACUCCGUCUGUCGUGUGAGGCUAACAGUCCGCGUAAACCUUCCGGUUACGGUUGAAAAUAAGAUUUUCUUUUGGCGCUACGACCCCGUUGUUUUUCGAGCAAUUGAUAUUCCCGAUGGAAAUCUGCUCACAAAGCUCGCUCCACAGCGAAUUAAAAAAGUGGAGAAUGGCACACGACUCGAGGAAAAGCUAUUUUUCAUUGGAUUCGAACGCCGCAACCGGUGGACAAUGUUUGUUGAAUGCUACGAUACGGUCGGUGAUCGGUGGGAAACAUUUCCCGAUUUCCCAGGGCGCCGGCAAGAUUUCGCCGUUGGGCGCCGGGAAGAAUUUGCCAUGGUUGCGCUACGAGAGUACGUCUACGUUUUGGGAGGACGAGCAAUUAAUCGAAAUAACAGCCGGUCGGAAGGUGCGUUAUCAUCGUGCUUCCGCCUGAACGUCAUCACGCGGCAAUGGGAACCCGUCCAACCCUUUGUGCAGCCACGGCGCAAGCACUGCGCCUUUGUUUGGGGAGACUGUAUAUACAUCGUCGGCGGCGUGAACACACGCGGAAGUUACGAAAAUUCUGUGGAAGUUCAUAACACAACACGCGGUACUCCAUGGCGACCUACAGCAUUUGCGGUUGGCGAUGAAACGGUGGAUGGAGUAAUGUCUUCGUUAUCUCGUCGUACGUACAUCGGCACCACUUCUGCGCCACUACUUUAGUCCAAAACUACCUAAACAGGAUCCACGGGAAUAUGGACAAUCUGGUAACUCUUUCCUGAAUCUUUGUUACCAAAAACUUUUUUUAAUUUAUUCAUGAAGAAAAGAAUAUUGCUUGCUCUACAUGCGCAGAUUUAUGUACGAGUAUACAGUAUUUGGUUCUUUUUCGGUCUUUGUCGAUUUUGGAUCUGUGCUUGGUAUUUUUGUUAUCUGCAGAGUCGUAAAAAAUAGAUUUUAACUAUGUCACAGUUAAUUACUAUUUACUGGUGUCUUGGUGUACUUGGGGAAAUUUAUGUCCGCUUUUAGCUUUUAAAGGAGUUACUGUAUUUUGUUACUCAGGGAUUUUGUUUAAAGAUUUUUAUUAUUUGACCAGGAAAUUA